AUGGAAGUCUGCAGACAGGGAUAUGAGCUGUGCUGGCACUUUGCAUUAGGUAGUGUCGCGAGUUCGAAGGCAGGCACGACCGACCCGCUACACUUCAACGUGACCAACAAGGACGGGAAGGUGUGUCUCCUCAUCGAGGGAUCCGCGACCUUCGACGUCAAGUACACCCUCAAGGACAACUCGAACGGGACCGCCAGCUUCGGAAUCCCCGCCGACGCAGUCGUUGUCGCGGGCAACUGCGCGGAUGCCGCAUCCAACAUCUCCGUCAGUUUCUUCUCCGGUUACGCAUUCAACCUCUCCUUCACCGUCGUCGAGGACAAGAGCCUCCUUAGCGCGGUCUCCCUCGAUUACGUCUACGACACAGAGAGGUUCCCGAACGCGUCCGACGUGGGAGAGGCCGUCGUGGCGCAGGUCACGGGUCUCUCCCUCGCGUUGUCCUCGGCGACCGAGUCGUACCGCUGCCACGCGAGCGUGCCGGUUGCCCUGGGCGACCGCGUCAACGCGGUCGUCGCCGACGUGCGCCUGCAGGCGUUCAACGUCGUCAACGCGACGUACGGCGAUGAGUCGGUGUGCACCGAGGACACGGUGACGACGGUGGCGCCGACGACGCCCGCGCCGCAGCCGGCGACCCCGCCCGUCAACAGCUUCGUCGUUGUCGACGACAACAACGUGACGUGCCUGCGCGUCGACGCCGGCAUUCGAUUCGAGAUUCUGUACAAGGUGAACGCGACGGUCAUGCGACGGCAAUGGUAGACAUCCCGGCAACGCUAGCGACUACACGGGCGAGUGCGGCAACAACACGGACACCUCAGCGUCGCAAUUCCUCGACGGCUGGAAGAUGGAGCUACAUUCAGUCAGAACACGAGCGCACGAAGAAAACAGCAUGACGGCUGCUGCACUCACCUACGUCGUCACGGCAACGAGGUUCCCCGACGCCGACCCGUCCAUCGUCGACAAGACCAUUAAUGCCAGCAACGACCAACUCGAAGACUUCACCGUCACGCUCGGCAAGUCGUACCUCUGCAAGGCCGAGCAGAAGGUGAACCUGACCGGAGGAGUCUACGCUCACACCUACAGCCUGCAGUACCAGGCCUUCCGCACCGACAACACCUCC